GAAGAGCAAGUAAACCAAUGUGUUGGUACAGUAACGGCUUCUACUGCAAGUGUUGUAUCUGUUAAAGGAUUUGAUCGUCGUUUUUGGUCUUUUAUUUCUGUGAUUCACAUUUGUUCAUGCAAUGAGGACAGUUACAAACCUUCUCUUAUGCGGCUUUGUUGUGGUUGCCACUCAGGCUGAGGUGACUUUGGAGCCGGACAUGCCCUUUUUGUGGGUGCAGAACAAGCAGACGGCUGUCCUGAAGUGCUGCUUCAACAACAACAAAGGGAAGAUCAUAAAUUUCUCUUGGGUCAGACGACAUCACCGUGGCAAUGCAACUGAAGGUCCACUUAAUGUGACGAUUACAGACCUGGUGAUUAAAGGCUAUGAACCACCUUGUGGCAACCUAAGCUUCAUCUCUGCCCAGCCCAGUGACUCAGGCCUGUAUCAGUGCUUGCUGGACAAUAAAAUCUUCACACAUGGCACCUACUUGCACGUCUACAUACCACUGGAGAAGACGAUAGACCUGAGUGAGAGCACCAAAAACAAGAUCCUGACAGCUGAAGGAGUGUUGCUGGUACUGUCUGUGAUUCUUCCAGCAGCCACUGUUCUCUUCCAGUCGAAGAAAUUAACUGAACUGGAGAAGAAGAAGAUGAAGAGGGAGGAGGAAAACAUUUAUCAGGGGCUGAAUCUGGACGACUGCUGCACCACGUAUGAUCAGAUCGAGCGCUCCCAGGCACAGGGCCAAUAUGAGGAUGUGUGCAACUUUGCAGAGCGUGAGGAGGGGAUCCAGCUGGAGAAACCUUAAAGGAUGGAGAGAAAAAGAUAGAAUUGGGUGUGUUUUGUUAGCUUAAGUUUGCUUUCUAAGUACUUUUUAAAGAUAAGACAAGAGUGAUGAGAUUAUUUGUUGUCAUUGUGCGCAUACAAGAGAACUUGUUGGUGAUGAUAAGCCAAGCAGCGGCAGAAAAGAUAAAAAUAUCAACAAGCUGAUAUGAGAUGAGGAGAUAAAAACAAGAACAGCACACAAUUUCAGAGGGAGCUCUUUUAUGUUAUUGUUUCUUAUACAUUUUGCUAAAUAAGUAUUUGCAUUAAAACAGUUGAAUCUUGUGUCUACUUUACCUUUUUUUUUUUUUUUCAACUUGAUCUUGGCACACCUUUGCCCAUAUGUAGAGUUGCCACAUCUGUCAGAACAGGAAUAUACUAAAACUUUCAAAAUGAAAUCAUGUCAAACCUACAGUAAGAGUUAGGGUAUAAGAAUUAUGCUAACAGAAGUUAAAAUUUAAAAAACUUGACCUAAAAAUUCUACAAAAAUGUUUAAUGAAGCUGAAAAACAGUCUGCCUACAGGAACAAAGCUUGUCUUCCAUGAAAACAUUCUUACACAGCUAUCGUAGCUAAGGCUAAAGCUAACAAAGCUAUGAUAGCUAUGUAGAGGAUGUAGCUAAAUCUAGAGCUAACCAUGCUACUUUGCUAUGUAAGCCACAUUGGUUUUGUUGCUGAAUCUAACGCUAACAAAGCUAUGCUAGUAUGUAGGCUACAUCUAUAACAUAGCUACAUACUAACAUAGCUAGAGCUAAAGCAAACAAAGCUAAGUUAUACUGUUUGCUAAAGCUAGACCAAUUUUAGAAGUAGUUAUGUGAACAGUGGGUCACUUGAGCUUUGCUAGCUUUGAAGCUAGAAUACUUAACUUGGCUUACAUAGUAACAACUAUGUAGUGAAGCUAUGUCAGCAUUAGCAAUAGCUAACAAAGCUUAACCAUGUCACCAUUUGCAAAAACUACGGCUAAAACGGGUCUAUACAUAAUUUACCCCUGGUUAGAUGUCUGACUUUUUUUUCUGUGUUUAUGAAAUGUUGCUUAGACAGUAAUGUUUGCAAUGUGGUUUAUUUCGUGAAUGUAACUGCCAGACUUAGUUUCUGAAUAUAAGUCUUAAUAUUAAUCUCUUUGUUGAUUUUGUCUUGCACAUGCAUAACUGAUUUUUCUUAACAUCAAACAAAAACUAAGACUAACAUACCACUGUGGAAAUACCAGUAAAAGCUGUUCUGUCAGCAGACUUAAACACUUCAUCUGACCUGCCCCACACCAGCAACUUUAAAGCAUUGUAAAUAAAUAUAUAAGUGAUUAAACUUUUUUGCUGAUGUUUUUAUUUACUUUGUAGGACACACAGAGGCAACAGUACCAAUUUUUAGACUAUAGACUAUAUAUUUUAGACUAAACAUUUAAAUCAGGGGCUUUAAGUUUUUCAUUCUUGUUUGUUAAACAUUCUAAGAUUACAUUCUGUUUAAUUUCUUGCAUCUUUGCUUUAUGACUUUAUGGUCUGGAAUAAAUUUUUGCUUGUGUGACAAAUGAAUAAAGUUU